AUGGCCGAGACACACAGCUUACAAGACUUCCAGCGGCCAGCUGUGUCCUCCAAGGUGUUUAUUCAGAGAGACUACAGCUCGGGAACCAUAUGCAAGUUCCAGACCAAAUUUCCAUCCGAGCUGGAGUCGAGGCUCGACAAGCAGCAAUUUGAGGAAACCAUCCAGACUUUAAACAACCUGUAUGCCGAAGCAGAGAAACUCGGGGGAAGCUCGUAUCUGGAAGGCUGCCUGGCUUGUCUAACUGCCUACACGGUCUUCCUCUGCAUGGAGACGCACUAUGAGAAGGUGUUAAAGAAGAUUGCUAGAUAUAUCAGAGACCAGAAUGAGAAGAUCUAUGCUCCUAGAGGCUUGCUGCUGACUGACCCCAUCGAGAGAGGCCUCAGAGUCGUUAAAAUGAUCCUCUUCCCUGACCCAGCGGUGUAA